AUGAAUCAACAACAACAAAUACAACAACAACAGCAGCAGCAGCAACAACAACAACAGAGGAUGAUGACUUCAUCACCUCCGCCACACCUGUCACUCAAUCAGUCUGAGUUGAGAUAUGCAGACAACCUCUUGUUGUUUGUCAAAGACUAUACAUUCUAUAAAUCAGAUCGUGCUUUAUGGUACUUCAAACACUUACUAUCACUCAGUCAACAGAUCAGGCUACCAGACAGAGAUGAACCGAUAUUGAUCAUGUACAUCGCAUUGGAUAAUGGAGAUAUUGUGGACCUGGCGAGGAGGUACCAGGGCAUCGUGGGAAAUGCAUUGGAUGCAGAUGAACCAGAAGGAUUCUUUGUUGAAAGGAUUGAUGAUAAUGAAGCAGAUGCAUCAGACUCUGAUAAUGACGACAAUUACGAUGAUGAUGAUGAUGAUGACGACGACAGACAAGAACAAGAUCAACAACAAAACAAGACAAUAGUUAUUCAACGAACGGACCCUUUGCCAUUAGUGGCCAUGACACCAAAGACUCAGAUAUCGGUCAUUGCAUCAAGUUACAAGUUUGUGUUCUAUCUCGACAUGUCUCCAUCGAUGGCAUCAGUCGAUCCCAUCACAGGCACCGUCCUGAUCGACAGCCUGUUCACAACAUUACAGUCGCUUCUCAUGUCGAUCGCACUGCCGAUGGAGACCAACACGCUGGAGUUCCAGCCCAGUAUACAUGUCACGGUGAUCGUGCAGGGCAUUGGUCACUGCUUCAAGGUUCUGGUGCAGGGUGCCGUCGUCACCAAAUACAACAUAUUCCACCUACUCGAUGACCUGCGCGACCAGCUUGCCGAAUACGAAAGCGAAGUGGCGCAAGAGUACAUCGACGCUUCGUCCAGCGAGGGCGCUGCAUCAUCCACGCCCUCAUCCAACAUCGACCUCACCACAAUCUUUAAUCACUGCAUGCUCGCACUCUCAGUGCUGCCAACUGUAGCCUGUCCAGUCAUCACAGUCAUCACGGACGCAGUAACAUCAAUAUCUGAUCAGGAACUAAAGGGCAUUGAUGGACCAGUGACAUUGUUCAAUCGCAGCGACAUUAUAGUCAACUUUGUACAGGUGGGCAGCGGAGUCUACUCACACUCUGACUUUGGAUACACACCCGAUACCGACCUGUUGCGAUUCAUUACGACUAGCACUGGCGGAUCAUUCUUUGAUCAACAGUCUCUGCCCAGCUUCACCGACAGCCUCGUGCAAAAGCUCGAGGUGCUGGGCAAGCGCUGUCCCAAGACCGGCCUUCAGGCCGUGUCUGACAGCGGGUUGCUCUCACAGACAGAGGUCGAGCGAUUGGCCGAAGUGCAGCAUGCAUACUUUGUUCGCGAGUUCUCUCCAAACAAGGCGCACCAACUGUUCAAGUCGACGUCGAGCAGCAAUGCCCUAGCGCAACAGGGUGGCAACCAGCGCACAUCAUAUUUCUAUCGCGUGGACAGACAGAAGCAGACGCUCUCGCAGCAGUUUGGUUCGUUACUGCCCGCGUUCAACUACUAUCCAUCAAAGUCGACGUCCACAGAGAACACAACCAUCCCCGUCGAGACAUACACCAACGACAUGUCGAUUGUGCACACGCUGAUGGCUGUCGACUACUCGUUCCCAUGGGUGGGCGCCCCUCCCCAGGUGCCCCUGUUCAAAGCCAACGCCAAGGAGUACACAAUCGAGGUCGACAUACUCAAACUGGUGGACCUGCGUAUCCGUGAGGGAUUCACGAUCAAACUAGUCUCAUUCAAGAAGCCCGACGCUGAGCUUGGCGUGAGCAUGCUCUUCCAAUGGUUGCCCAACAUCAAGCUCGAAUAUAGGAUCAAGUUCUUGAUGGAGAAGACUAUAGGCAGCGCGAGGGAUGAUCCCGCCCAACAUACAUCAUCGUCAUCGUCCUCAGCCGCGGCUACAUCAACAACAGGCGCAGGUUCACUGGAGAAGAAACUCAAUGUGAAGGUAUCCAUUGACAUCAUGGCGUAUUACGAUUUUUUGAAAGAGUAUACUGGCGCUGGCAACUCGUCAAAGCGCACACAGGGUCUGCCCUCAGUCAGCAAGUUGCAGGCAUUCCUGAACAACAUCAGCGAGAAGGAUCGACUUCUCUCCAUGCUCUUCCAGCAGUGCCAGCCAUCAACACUGCCCAUGCCCACAUACAAUCCGAUCCAGGCACUCAACACACAAGCCUCGUCAUUCCUCAAGAUGCUCAGCUCACUGGGCAACUAUCAGUCAUGGGAGAAGUGGCUCAGGCCCGAGUCAUUCAACGUGGUGCUGGCGCCCAACAUUGUAAUGAUGAAGACGAUGCCCGCGUCUGCGGCGCCCAUGUCCUAUGUCAUCCGUUACGACUCGUCGCGCAACACAUUCCUCGGCCAUUGCUCCAAGUGGGCCAAUCACACGUACAACCUCAACACGCAUCUGUUUGUCCGCUUCCUGACGCCAACCUCAGCGCCAUCAUUCGUCUCGCCACCCAUGCAGCCACUGCUGCCGGACAAUCCCAACCUGUUCCAUCACUUCCCAUCGACAUCAUUCGUGUUGCUGCGCUUCCAAUGGGAGAUGGCCGGCUUUGCCAACGUCACCAUGCUCUUCUUCUCAACCAGUGAGGCCGUUCGCGAACAGACGGUCUCGCAGCUUAAGCGCGACCUCUCACAUAUCAAGCAGUCACUCUCAUCGUUCAAUGACGAGGACGACGAGGACAUGGACUUGGACGACGAGUUGAUCAAGAAUAGUCCAGCGACUGGCACAAGCGUUGGCGACAGAGAGAUCCCGCCCAACAAGAUUGUGCGGCCAGUACAACCCCUCAAACGCGACCUCAAGCGGAUAUUGGUCAAGUACGAUUUUGAACAGAUUCCCUUGCCAAACGUGUCGCCCUCCGUCUCGCCCACACCACCAUUCAUCUCGCCACAACGAUCAAACAACGCGCCACUUCAAUCUUCCACAACACCAUCAUCCCAGAACAAUCAGAGUCGAUACAGCAUCCCAUCGAUAAGUGGUGCGAUCGGCCAACAACAGCCCACCUCACAAUUGGAGGGCCGGUCUCCGCCAACCACAUCGCGUUUCACCAGCUCAGGUACAUCAGGCAAUUCCUCUGGUGGCGCACCAACCGCCAGCGCGACAUCCUCCCGCUCAUUCCACAUGUUUACACAGACACCAUGUCUGGCAACGCCUGAGCUUAAGAGCUACAUGCGCAGUCAUCGAUGGGUCUACGACCUGGGCGACAACAAGACCAGCGAGUUGGUGAUGGGACACAUCUUCCAGGAGCGUCUAUGCGAGGGCUUCACCUUGCUCAACCUGUCCACCUUCCUAUUCUUCAAGGAGGUGCCACUCAAAUGCGAAAGACGUGGCGGUGGCGUUCAGAUGACCACGCUCCAGUACCUUAUCUACCUGCGACAACCCAGCUGUCUGGUGGUCGAGUUCUGGAUGGAGCCCCAGCAGGGCUAUUUAUUGUCAACAGAUGGCAACAAGUCGGCAUGCGAGCAAGAGGUAUUCACGCUGAUGAAGAAGUGGUUCAGCGAGUCGGAUGGCCACAUCAUACAUGCGAUCACCACUUUCAACGACCUGCUGCUGAUCUCCCUGUCGUCCGACCCCAUGGCAGAGUUGCAAGAGAUACUCUAUCAAGAGAGUCAGACUGUGUUGCCAUUCCGUGACGGCGCGCAAUUGCCACUGUAUAAGGUGCCUGCUGCCAAGCCCAUUUUCUGUUUGGACUCGCUCACAUCAUUCUCCACGGUCACACAGAAGUUGUUCCCAAUAAUCAACAUACCAGCCAACAUCACAGCCGAGCAAUCCAAGCUGGUCAUCAAGUCAAACGCCAAACUCUACGGACUGUUGGGCGAGAUUGUCAAGGCACUCAAUGCAUUCGAGUUGCCCUCGGGUCUGUUCUCCAAGAGUGAGAGGUUCAAGAACGGACGAUGCUUUAUCAAAGCCACAAAUAACUCAGACUUCUUAUUCACAUUCCUUCAUCCAUUGAACCUGGACAAGAUUGGUCAAAGCGAAGAAGGACGAUCAAUCUGCAUCUCAUUCUAUGAACACUCAAUCAAAGGAUUCAUUGACGUCACUCACUCAUCUGAGACGAUGGAAUACCUCUCGAGCAUAUUCAAUGUCCAACCUCAGGAACUCACUCCGACCAAGUCGAAUGCUGAUCAGAAUCAGAAUCACAAUCACAUGAGUGUCCUUCAGCAGUCGUAUUGUAAAAAGAAGAGUCUCUACCAUGAGAGCAUCCAUCAUACUACACCACAACAUCAUGCCACCCGCCAAUACAUUCGAACGAUUAAGAACGGAUUCGAACGGGCGAUACUCAAGGUUAUGUUUACCAACCUGCGCGACCAAAUACCCCUGGUCCCGAGCGACCUGAUGGACGCCAUCACAGUCUGUAAAGAAUACUAUGUAGAUAUUGAUAUUAGCCAAUUGAUCAAGAUACUCCAAAAGUCCAACAGAGAUAUCAACACAUACCUGACGAAUGAGUUUGCUGAACAGGUGAUGGAGAAUCACUUUGAGCGAGUGGAGGGCUCGGACUACUACUUCCACAAGAAGUCCAUGCCACUGAGCGACGCUGCCUUUGACAUGCCAGACGGCCCAGACACAGUGGCCGACGAAUCAGACGUCUAUAACGGCUACGAAGAUGACAUGCUCGAUCACGACGACGAUGACGAAGGCAUUAACAAUGAUGAGGAGGACGACGAUGACGAGGAGGCCGACGACAAUGAUGACACGGCCAGUGUGGACGACGAGGAUGUCUACAACAUCUCGUCGCGCAACGAUGAUGGUGAUCGCCGUGGCCGACACGGCGAAUCGUCCAAGGGCAAGAAGUCCAAGACCAUGCCCAGUGGCGCAUCACACGUUGGCGAGAGCGCACUUGAGAAGAAGUUGGACCAGAUACUUGGCGAGAUGCACACCGACUUGGACAAGCGAUCGACACAGUUCGAGCUGUACCCAUUCCCCCUGUUUGUGCGAAUGGAGGUAGUGAUGUUGCACAACAACAGCAACUACCAGUCGCCAAUGAUCGAUGGCGAAGACCCUUAUACAUCAGCUGCCGCAGCCAUCACCUUGAAUGAGUUGAACACCUAUCAGUAUCGAUUCUCCAUUGGACAUCAGCAUCAGCAGGUUCAGCACGUGGACGACGAUGACACAGCCAACAACAAGGAGUGUCCAUCACUGAGUGAGUUGCAACCAUCGCGCUCAUUGCUCCGUCUCAAGUGCAUAACACUGCCCGCGAGCCAGUCAUCUCGCACCAGCACAAUCCACGUGCAACACUAUCACAACAAGGGCGGCAAGAAGAACGCGACCACCUUUGAUAGCCAGCCCAUUGGCUUCAGCAACAGUCUGCCAAAGAGUCUGUCGACGAUCAUGAAGGAGCACAGGCGCCAAGUUAUCUCGGUCGUGUCGUCCGAGAUCCUCUCGUGUCUACGCUCAAUCCGCCCGGUCAACAAGCCCGUGCUUGACCUCGUCCUGUACCACAUGCAGCGACUGACAUAUCAUCGCUCCAAACUGCACCAUCUGCACAACUACAAUGUGCACAUUCACUUUGUGGCCGACACCAAAGAGGGCGCGGCACAGUUCCUCAAGCAGCUCGAGUACCAUUGUGGCGCGGACAUGAAGCUGAAUCGCUUUGCCGACGUGCUGCACUAUGUUGAGCCGGCAAUGGAUGGCGAGCAGACGUGGUUCUGCUCACACAAGGACUUGGUCGAGAUCUUUGCCAACUCACCUUUGCCUCCACUGCCGCCCUCGCCACCACCCCUGCCGCCUCCACCUGCCACCGCCAGCGGAUCAAACGCGUCCAGUCUUCACAAUAGCUCAAACACAUUCAUGGACUACGACUUUGUCAACGUUUCCAUCCCAUACUGGUUGGUCUUUACUUACAACACCCACAAGAACAUGCUAAAAGUAAUGUUCUACUCAGAGACUGUGUCGCCCGAUAAGGUGUUGCCAGCAGCAUUCGUGGCGCCGACAACAAAGACAACAUUGAUUGGCGAGAGUGGUGGCGCGAUCAAGCCUCGACCAGGCCAACAGCAACAGCAUCAACAAACGAUGACUAACUCAAUCGAAUUGGAAUCAUCGUUGGACUCGCGACUCGUUGAGAGCAAGUACCAAUGCUAUCACAUGCACGACCUGGGCACGACCAAGGAGCGAGUCAAGAACAUGCUCGGACACAUUGUGCGACGUGUCAAUCAAAUGGUGUUGCUCAAUCAGUUGGAUGAGUUCCGCGCAUGUAGUCCACUGUUGCUGGUCCCAGAGAAUGCAUCAUCGUCCACCUCGCCACCUGGCUCGGUCGUCUCGUUCGUCAAGCAAAGCCAACAAACGGCGGCAACAUCAUCGCCCUCGUCUCACUUUGACGACGCACAUAUGGCCAAGUCAUCGUCCAAGCAUCCAAAGAAGCGAGGACAUGCCAACGGAGAGUUUGCUUGCCCUCUCGUCUACAGCAUGUGCCUGACGCUCAAUGAGCGUCUGUCGCCCUCGGUCGCCAUUCGUGGACUGAUCAGCACGACGCUACACCCAUUCUCCAUCACCAAUCGCAAGAAGAUGUUUGUGUAUCGUGAGCGGGGCGGCAACGUCUUCUACAUGAAGCUCUCGGAGCCACAAUCAGUGCUGUCCGAGUCGCCCCUCACCUCGCCAUCGCCCACGCCCCUCCAGUCGCCGCGACACUCGCCCCCACCCUCGCCCUCGACCAGCCCACCCAAGGAUUCAUUCAUGAAUCGCCCUUCUUCAGGCUCAUUCAAUCCAACCAACCCGCUCACUUCACAACAGCAGCAGUCUCAGCCUCAACAGAACUGUUUGUUGCUCGAGGUGUUUGGUAUCGACCCACCUGGCCCCGAGAUCACGAUACAGCUGCACCAGCUACUCGAGUCCAAGUUGUCCAACUUGACGCUCAACUACUUCUCCAGUCUCAUCAUGCGUAACCCCUUGCUCAAGCUGACACAGCACGAUGUGGACUUUAUCAAGCCGCCCACGGCACUGCCCACCAUUGUCCACUUCAAGAUCCCCGACACUGUCCACGACGCGCAUCUCUUCCUCCAGUUCAUGAAACAGAACUUCUUGCAGUUCCUCACGCUCAUGUACCUCACGCAGGGUGGCGGCAGUGGUCCACUCACUGGCUCACAGAUGGUGCCCUCCAAGGACAAUGCCUCGUCAAUGUCGGCUUCAACAUCAAUGUUGCCCUCCAAGGACGACCGUGACAUGCUCCCUGCAGACGCGCACAUUGUUCGAGAGUACACAUCGUUGGCCAGCACCAUGGAGAUACCCCACCCUCAAUCUCAAGCUGCCACGUCACAGCCAGCCACCGUCACCACGCCCAACAUCAAUGGCGUGCCUGCUGCACAGACGUCCAACAAGUAUGAGGUCAAGCCAUCAGAGUACACAUUCAUAUACAACUACAUUGCAUCGACCAACUCCCAGUCGGCACUGUCAUCGAUUGGACAGGGUAUUGCCACAAUCAUUGUGAGCAGCGUGGAUGUCAGCACAGGUGCCGCGCACGUGACACUCCCGUUGUCACCUUAUCACUCCCACCACAUGGACAAGAACAAGCAUCACGUGGACGACAUCAUCAACUCGUUGCUCAAGGGUGUGGACAACUUGGGCGAUACACUACCCAUUACCUCAGUUCCCACUGCUGUGGUCGAAGGCGGCGGUGCGGAUGACACCAAGGACUGGGACAACAUCAUCCAACUCAAGAUAUGGACACGUGGAUCAAUCAACAAUGUACUUUUGAUUGAGAAGCUACAGCAAUCAAUCAAUCAGACAUUGUGCGAGUAUCUGUUGGAGACUGUGCUGCCCAACAUCCCCGUCACGUCGGAUAACAUCAAGAACGACUAUCUGGUGCAUGCCGAGCGCGUGAUGACCAAGGGCAAGAGCAUACUCACGCCCAGCAUCAGCGAGAUCAAGUUGCCUGGAUUCAACCUGCCCACAUGGGCCACCUUUGACUUUGUCCAAGAUGUUCGUGAACUGGUGGCCGACGUCAAUCCCAAGCUCAACCCCUCGAUGUGGUACCAAGAGUCUGCAUCGGCAAAGCUUGUUCGUGUCACGCCACGCGUAAGCAACAAGUCGUCGACUGGCAUGCAUGGCCCUGGUAUUACUGACUCCUCAGAUCGCACGCUUGGCAACUCGUCAGAGCAGCGCCAACACACGUGCGACGAUGUCAAGAUCAAUCUGUUGAACAAGAGCACGUAUCAGAUCGUCAUCAUUGGUGGCAAGACUGUUGACGAACCUAUCACUGCCUCUGGCGACGCAUUGAUGGAGCCCACUACAGCCACGCCCAUCAACGUGGGCAACACAGAGGACCUGCUGUUCUAUCUGCCCAUCAAGGAUGCUCAGUUGACACAUGGUAUCGCGAGACAGUCAAUCAUGAUCGUCAACAUCACGUCGGCACACUUUAGCAUCAUGAGCUACAAUUGGAGCCAGAACAAGUUGGAGCAUUUACAGACUGGACUCAACAGGAUACAGACAUGGCGCACACUACGUCGACAUCUGCUCAAUCAAGUGUUGCAUCAGAAGAUGGGUCUAUUCAAUCAUGUACCCCAAGUGCCCAUCAAUCCGACCGUCACAUCAUUCUUCACGGACAAGCCACAACAACAGUUUGCAGCCAACUAUGUACGAUUCACCUAUGACAAUGUUGACGCGUUCAUCAAUCAUCCAUCGGUGCCCAAGAAGUCUGGUGGAGCACUGCUUACCAUCCGUUCGGCUGAGGAGCUCUCAGGUCGUCUAGGCACAAACGCCACACAAGUGCAACAAACAUCGCGACUAACCAAGCAAAAGUCAAUGUCUGGUAACAUCACACCAGCGCCAUCCCAGCCCCAGCAACCGGGUCAGACAACCCAGCUACAGACACCAACGUCAUCUCAGACACCCCAACAGUCUGCCCAACAGGCACAACAGCAGCAACAACAGGCCAAGAAGAAGGUGUCUGUUAUCCCCGAGUUUGAAUGGAUGCUUCGCGAUCAUUAUCCCACAAAGAGUACGAUCAAUAAGUCUACGCUGCCACACCUGACCGACCCGAUUCAGUUGCAUGGUGGACAGAUCAAGGCGAUGGCGCAGCAAGUUGAACGCACACUCGAGGCCAAAUCAAUGAUCACACGUGCCUACUCCUACUUCCUCGACGCGGACAAGACGCCCUCGCAACAAAACCUUGAGACCAUCAUCAAGAUGUCGCGUCUCGUUCACUUCCGUUGCGUGCCAUUCCUCUAUGAUGACUACCUGGACAAGGACUCAUACCAUCACAUCUCCAACAGGAACAACAACAACAACAAUGGACAGUUGACAACCAACUCCCAUACUCACACGCACUUGAUCUCACCAUCGGUUGUGGGUAUUGUGAUGGCGCCACUGCGAGGCACACUCAAUGCCGUGCCAUACCUGAGCUUUGGCGAGCAGUCAUUGCAAGGCAGCGGAAACUGGCGUCGUCGCGUCAUGGAGUUCUUCCUGUUUGAGUACAUCCACUACAUGGAGAAGGCAUUGCAAUCUGCCAAGAUCAUCAUCAUCAACAAUGUGGCGGUCGUGGACAGCGCGCAACAGCAGGCUUCUACUGUGCCCUCACUCAAGAUGUCAGCCAGCACACCUCUAUUGGACCUCACUCAAUCAAGCAGCAGCAACAACAACAAUAUGCAGGCGAUGGCCAAAUCAAUGAUCGCCUACUUGCAAAAGACGUUCAAGGGUGGAUCAUUGCUGAUCAAGAUUGGAUUCCGCGACCUGAGCGUGACGUGCGAGUUGUUCGCGCUUCUUCAGCCAACAACCGCGACAUUGGACAGCAACACAUCAUCACCGCUGCAGAACAUCAUCAGCAGGAACCAGUCGACAUUCUUUGCCGAGGAGUAUGGCCGCUUCACGCACCAACUGCACCUCAACUCCUUCGUCUACGACUUCCACAUCCGCCAGCUGUACGACUUUUUGAACAACAACAACACGUACUACGUUCCGCCCUCCACGGCGCCCGGCUCACCCGCCAAGUCUCCCACCAAGCCCGCCGCCGUGCCCCCCUCCAAGUACUUUAUCGAGAUGAUGCAGUCACUGUCGCGAUACUAUCCCAAGCCGCCCGCGCAUGCCUUUGGCUACCUGUACGAGUCGAUGCUGACGGUCAACUCACCCAUCCCACCCAUCCAACUGUUUGAGUACCUGUGCAAGAACGCCAAGCAGUACUCUGUUUCCAAUCUGGACGAAAAGCAUGUGUCGCCCGCGCUCUACUUCUCCAUUCCCGACCAGCAGGCUUCGGCCCCUGACCAGAAGGUCUCCUUCAACUGGGACGUCGUCAUAUUCUGUGUGAACGAGAAGGACGAGGAUGAGGAGCUGGCCACAUCACCACCCACCACUGCCACCCUCAUCAUUGAGUCAAAGUACCAACUCAAGCUCCAAUACAUCAUCAUCAAGACGGCCAACAGCACAACAUUCCCGCGACUCGAUCAGCCUGGCCAGCAAUCAAUGACCCAGCACCAGACCCUCCCCCUCCUGCGAUCGUCCACCACCAACACUCAAUCGAUGCACUCGUCACUUGAUGGCCAUGACCCGGCGCAGCAACAACAACUCACGACCUCUCUCAAUCCCAACACGGUCGAUCACAACGAGCGCAAUCUCCGCUCGAUGCAGCUGUACGAGGAGAUUAUCAAGUCCAAGCUCAGCAAGAUAACGAUCGCCACGAGCGUGGACUUCCAGCGCGAUCGUCUGUGGUCCAAGAUCCUACGCGGCAACCCUUACGAGCCAGCGCUCACCAUCGCCGAGUUCAACCAGUUCACCAGCCUGAUCAAACGGCGCUCGAUCAAGACGAUGGACAUGUCGCUGACGACGCCCAUCAACCUGUUCCAGUACAUGGGCAGCGUGUGGAUUGGCCUGUGCAACAGCCUGGUCAAGACGUGUGGCGACCGCAUCCGCCAGCUGCACAACGAUCAUGUCAAGCAUCUGUUCAUUCUCAAUCCAACGCUCGAUUGUCUGUUGUUGGAACUGGUGUACGACGAGCAGACCAAGGAGUCGGACGCAUUCAUCUGUCGCAAGGAAGGUGGCAACCUGCACACCAACAGCUCAUCACUCAACGAAGAGGAGAUCGAUGGAAUGGAGCUGUUACACGCCAGUCAACUUGUCACAACACUAUGUCACUACCUUUGGAAACAGAUGAUGUUGAGUAGUGGAAACUAA